AUGGCCUCCACCUCGGGGCCCAAUGCAGCUUCUGAAAUUGCCAACACUCUAUCUACAGCGGCGGUAGAACAGCCUCCUUUAAAUGUAGUAGACUCGGUCGAUUCAAAAGUGACAAAAUCGCCCCCCCCAGACACCCCCGAGAACAUUCGCACUCGAUCUUUCGUUAUUCUAUCUUUUUGGAUCGUGGUUAUUUCUGUAGGAAUACCAUUAUGGUGGAUUACAACCGCCAUAUACCGGGCGCCGCUCCCGUUAAAGGAGAUGCAAAGCUGGGCUGAUGGGAGGGCAUGCAGAGCAGAAUUUCCGCUACUCAUAGAUGUAGAGGCACCAUUAUUACCGGACCCCGAAAAUCUACUGAAGACCGUGCAACAUGCGCUUGAUGAUGCGAAUGACUUUUCUGCUCAUCAUCUGCGACUUCGGCUCUCCACGAAUGCACCAAAGUCCCCAGAGAGAGAAGAAGACGAGGUUGUGGCUGCGACUCUACGACUUUCACCUGGCCCAGCCGGAAAACCCCAUUCGUAUAACUUGACUCCAUCAUCACGUGUGAUAAAUCUAUCUUAUUCGCCUUCCUACAAUCCCUCGACAAGCCUCUCGGCAUUUGUGGCUAGUACUCUUCAAGAGAUAUUUGUUGAGGAACAGCAGAUGAUUUCUUAUCUUUUGGCAUCAACUACUUCGAAUCCUUCGUCUUCUCCUGCAACUUCGUCCAGUACUUCGAAUGGAAAUAAUGGCUUGGGUAAGGUCAAGGUCAAUACAGCGGACAUAACACGCAAGAUGAGCCGAAUAGUGAGAUAUUCUCCAACGUACCACUUGACGUUUUCUCUCUUUACUGCAUCAGGAUUACCAAAUAGCUGGGAUGUCGAACAUGCUAUUUCUGAAUAUCUACAGCCACUUCUUGACGCUUUGGGCGGAAUUAGUACAUUUACUGUUGAUUCUCAGAUCCAGUUUUACGCAUCACUGUCUUCGAGUGUAUCUCCAACUUGGGUUCUAGGUCCAGAGGGGGGAGAGGAAAAGGGACAGUGGGUAUUGAAGAAAGAAGACCUCAGCAGCUUUAUCAACAGCGCCGAGUGGCCAUUGGUCAGCAUCACGAGCUACCCAACCAUCAAUUUUAUCAUUUACAUUCCGUCGAAGGAUCAAACUCCUCUUCUGAUUUCGGACAGUGCCACGAAUGCUUUCCUUCUGCCCCAGUGGGGUGGUGUCAUGAUUAUGAACCCUAACCACGGUUCUCCCAAUAGCAGCUCAGAGCUUACAUCGCACCUGAGUAAAGAAGCGCUAAAGCCAGCGCUUGAUCUUUUUGCUACCCAGCUUCUCUCACUUCUUGGGGCACCAACUCGUCCAGCAUCGCUGCCCAUUAGACUUGACUCUUUAACCCGUCAAAGAUCUGCUGAGCUCGUUGUCUCUGCAUCUUCUACCCUUGGUUCCUUGUACAGAUUGACGCUUGCUCUCCCAUCCAUCUCCAUCCCGUCUUCGGUUUCUACUUCAGUAGCCUCGACUCUCCUGUCACUGAAGAAUGCAUGCCACGAGCUCAAGAACGGCCGGUUUGCCGGCGAGGGCGGUGCCUUGGAAGAAGGUAAGAACGCUGCCAUCCAGGCCGAAAGAGCGUUUUUCGAGAAGAGUAUGGUUGGCCAGGUGUACUUCCCCGAGGAGCACAAGAUCGCUGUCUACCUGCCGCUUAUGGGACCUGUUGGUGUUCCGUUGAUCAUGGGGGCCACAAAGGAGCUUGGGAGGCUUUUCAGAGCUUGGAAGGCGCAGAGGGCUAUCAGAUAG